ACGCUUAUGUCGACGUCUUAAAGUGCAAACUGAAGUGUGAAGAAAACCUGAAGCCCAACGUCGGGGGAUAUUUUGUGGAGAAAUUUGUGGCCACUGUUUACCACUACCUCCAGUUCGCCUAUUAUAAAUUGAACGACGGCCGCAGUGCCGUGCCCUGCGUCUACAGCUACUUCUUGUUCGAACCAGAAGACCAGGUCAUGAAGCAGAACCUGCAGUAUUACAAAGCCUACAGUGAACAGUGGGGCCUUCAGACGGACCACUUCGCACCGAGAAGGGAGGCUUUCAGACACUACAAUCAGACCGUCGCUCAAAAGCAGAUGCUGACAUUUGCAGAAAUGUAUUUGAAGAUGAAUGAUGAGGAUUUUCUUGGACCAGAGGAAGCUGCACUUUUGGCCCCUGAGUCUCCUGAUGCUGAGUUUGAAGGCAUUGGAGACUAUGAGGAAUCUUUCUACGCUAAAUGGAGGCAGCCGAGAGGCAAAGGGGACGCUGGCGAGUCCGAGAGCUGAGAGCGAGGAUUUAUGCAGCAGUGGAGCAGAAAAUGUCAGUAAAUGUUCGUACAUUCAGUAAUCCAAAGUGCCACAUAUUUUCAGUUCCAGUGUUUUUUCCUUGGAGGCUGGUUAAUUAUUUUUUGUAUCCAUCUAUUUUGUGUUUGUAAAGUAAUAAAAGAAAGCCGGUAAUAACCAUUUUCACUUUCUCCUCUACCUACAAACAUGCUUGUACAUGCAUGUCAGGGUGUGCUGCAGGCCGGCUGACGUCUGUAAACAACAUUUUUUUGGUUUGAUUCACGUCUCUUAAGGCGAGUAAUAGAGCAGGAGAGGAGGAGAGUGAAUAAUGACAGAGAGCAGUAAUGUUUUACUGAUAGCUGGCUCAUUGGUUUGGCUAUGUGUCCAUAAUUAUGGUCCUAAAUCUGUACGCAAUCCAUGUUAAAAACGAUUUAAUAAUAUUCCCAAACACUCAUCUCCAAGCAGCAGUGUUAUCGGUGAACUAUUUAACUCCUGAACUGUCAGAAAAACUAAUUAGAUGGUUAGCUUCAGUGUCAAAUGUUGGACUGAAUAAAGCUUCUCUGGGCUCAGAAUGUGAGACACACAGAUGAACAGAUCUUGUUCCCGUCUUCAACCGAGCCUGAAGAAACAUCACUGACUUUAAGCAAAUAUUUAGAAAUAUUUACAAAUGUGAGGCUCUGGAUCUAAAUAGGAAGAAACACAAACCAGUUUCAAGUUAACCCUUCAAUGGGACACUUAAAGGCUGAUACCUGCUGUUACAUCUUUAUUAUUCUGUAGUCUAAAAAAAAAAGGUGACAGAGAAGAAGUAUGGUGGGAGAAAGUUUUCUCUUGAGUUAAUAGAAGAGAUGAGAACAGGGGAUGCCAUCGAAUGACCUCAUCACAUUGAGCACCGUCGGUAUUUGUACACAUUUUCAUGCAGUUGUUGUUGAGAUAUAUCAACUUGGACCACAUUGGUGGAUAGAAAAACCAAACUUCCUUAGUCGUAUGUUGCUAGCUUCUCUUGGAGAUGGCAAAUACUUCACAACAAAUUUACAAGAAGUACUUGGAUCUUUAACUUAAGUAAAAGUCCUGAAUCCAGUCUCUGUUACAAGUAAAAGACAUGCAUUUAAGUUUAUACUUAAGCAAAUGUAUUGGCAUUAAAAUAUACUUAAAGCAAAGUACUCAUGAUGGCACAUUUUACAAUCAUGUGUAUUACUGUGUUAUAACUACUAAUAAAUUAACAUCACUUUAAUGCUGGAGCUCGUGAUUUAACCACUUUAUACACAUUCUUGUGAAUUUCUUCCGAAGGAGAAAUAAACAGUGAUGUUAAUCUUUAA